UUGACAAAAGAGAGGUGACGCUGCAAUGAGCAACGAAACUUCACCCGUUUCUCUUUGGCAUGCUGCUUAAUUUUCCUCCCCGUUUCGGCCCCAAGAAAAGGAAGAAAAGUGUGUUGCUGGGGUUCAUCCUCCAACUACUGCUGCCACCAAACAACUCCGACCCUUUCUCGUCGUGAUCCUCUUCACACCCAGUCCAGGUUCUGAAUUUUUUUGUCAGGGCCGUCGCGCGCAGGGCUAUGCUAUCUGAUCUGAUCGUCAUCUGAGGUGACCUCCGGGCGCGCAGCCGACGAUGGGUGCGCCGAGUUCUUUCGUGCUCGCCGUGUUGACCCUCCACUCUGUUUCUGCCAUGGGCGGCUGCUCCACCGUGGAUCUGCCGGCGGCGCAGCCUAGCCACCGGAGGCUGCUCCAGGAUACCAAUCUCGCUGCGCGUCCGGAGGCAAAUAUUCCUGUGCUAGUUGCUGCUCGCGUUCCUUCUGAGGGGAGCGGCUCGUUUCCGGCAUCCAGUAGUCCACGCGGGGGUCAUCAUCCGACACCGAACGAGGUAGCGCCGCCGGCUGCUGCUGGGAGUUCUCCACAUCGCCCGUCCAAGUCCAAUGAUUGGUUGACAUCCAUGAGGUGGCUGUACUUGACUGUUCUUCCGGCGGCUGGCCUGCUGUUGCUUGCUGGAAUAGCUUGUUGGCUUCUGCCAUGCCGCAAGAGCGCGGUUGCAACCAUAGGCCCUUGGAAGACGGGACUCAGUGGCCAGCUGCAGAAGGCAUUCGUCACAGGAGUACCAAAAUUGCAGAGAUCGGAGCUGGAACGUGCCUGUGAGGACUUCAGCAACAUUAUAACAAGUUAUCCACACUACACUGUCUACAAGGGAACACUGUCAUCUGGUGUUGAGAUUGCUGUGGUGUCCACUAUGAUUACAUCAAGCAAGGAGUGGUCAGAGCAUUCAGAGAGCUGUUUCAGGAAAAAGAUAGACACACUGUCACGAAUAAACCAUAAAAACUUCAUCAACCUGCUUGGCUUUUGUGAGGAGGAGGAACCUUUCACCAGGAUGAUGGUGCUUGAAUAUGCACCGAAUGGGACACUUUAUGAGAGUCUUCAUGCCGAGGACUUUGAGCACAUCGGUUGGCGAGGUAGGAUGCGGGUUAUCAUGGGACUAGCAUACUGCAUCCAACACAUGCAUGAGCUCAAUCCUCCAGUGGCGCACCCUGACCUGCAGUCGAGUUCCAUACUGCUCUCUGAAGAUGGUGCUGCAAAGAUUGUUGACAUGAGCGUUUGGCAUGAACUGAUUUCCAAAGGGAAAACGCCGACAGAUGGUGAGCUUGACCCUCACCAUGAACAAGUGUCUGCUGCCCUGGCUGGGAAUGUAUAUAGCUUUGGCGUUCUACUGCUUGAAAUCAUCUCGGGCAAGCUUCCUGACCCUGCACACGACCGAUCCCUCGUCAGCUUGGCACUGGAGUGCAUUAACAACGGUGACCGGAGUUUAGUCUCCCUGCUUGAUCCUACACUGAAUGAUCACAAGGAAGAUGAGCUAGCGAUCAUCGGCAAGGUGAUCCACGCUUGCAUCCAGAGCGAUCCGAGAAACAGGCCGAGCAUGAGGGAGAUCACUGCCAGGCUGCGGGAAGCCAUAGGCAUCUCGCCGGUCGCUGCGACGCCGAGGCUGUCUCCGCUCUGGUGGGCAGAGCUGGAGGUCCUUUCGGCCGCGGAAGCAGGCUAAUAAUUGGCGAGAGCCAAGAGAAGGGGACGAUGACCAUCGUCUGAUCAGAUGUGCUCUGAAGAAAACCACUCUGCAAGCUCACGCUGUGCAUACUUCUACGCUACGCAACGUUUGUGCAUGCAGCAUCCCAGCAACGUCAACCGAUGGGCAUAUCUCCUGCUGUAAAUGUAAAACUGUAGGAACAGUAAUCCUUGUGGAUGCUUGGUAGUAUGCCCUUUCCCUGCAUUAACGUGUGUCUGAACUCUGAAGGCGCAGCUAGUAGUAUACUGUGGCAAAGUCAGAACAGCA